UCUCCAAUUAUACCUGCCACUGUUUCAAAGGAUACUUUGGUGGCCAGUGCCAAUAUGGCCCUUACUGUGAUCCCAAAAGGAACAUAAACAUGUGUAAAAAUGGUGGAGAGUGUAGAUACCUUUAUGGCUCACUGGUUAAUACUUGCGAAUGUCCGCAAGAGUUUGAAGGUCCACAGUGCCAGUUUCCUAAGGCUCACAUAUCCUCAGAAUGCCUUGUCCUUGGCUGCAGUCAGACGUGUGUCAAGGAGUCGGAGGACAGGUACGCAUGUGGAUGUGAGGACGGCUACAGGCUGGGCAUGGACAACACGACAUGUGUGGAGGAAGGGCGCCUGCGUGUUGUUGUGGGGGUUUUGAUUCAUUCGAAAAACAACUCACAAACUGCUAUUCCAAGAGAAGAGGUGAAUAGCCAGGACUUCUUGACCUCCCUCAAGACAAAGGUGUCGGAGGCCUGUGACCAUUGGGGGUCUGGAGUAUGUGACAUAUCCCGACUAGACGUUAGCUCAUUUAGAAACACCACAGGAGGGUACUUACUGGAAUUUUACUUUUACUGUGAAAAGUCUGAUAUCCAGAAGGUGGAAAAUGGAAUCCGCAUUUUGGUGUCUGGGGGAUCCAUUUCUCCAUUCGUGAUCAAUCAGCAGUACCUGGAGAUACGGACAGAGCCAGCUCUACAUUUGUUGGAUGUUCAGAAUUACGAUAAACGGCCAGCUAUUCAAGGUCAGCUUCUGACGCUCGUCUGCACUGCACGUGGAUCGGAAUUUUUAAACUUUCGAUGGUUCAAAGAUGGUGCUCUGGUCAGAACGGACUUGGCCAAUCGAAACGCCUGGGAGCAACGUGUGCCAGCAACAGUUCACGAGACACAACUUGACAUACUCAACAUAGGAAAACGUCACACCACUCGAUAAAGGCGUUUUCACUUGUGAGGUGAGAGACUACAACCAAGUGGAAAAUAAGUCCAUUGGUGUGGAGGUGAUUGAACCGCCGUCUGUAGAAGUAAACACUCUCUCUGCCACAGUCAUUUAUAACUCUCCCCUC